UCCUGAGGAAACACGUUGAGAAAGAGACGAAACAAGGCAGCAGUCGUCGUCAUCGCCAUAAAAUCCCUAAGACUCGACGAUGGGGAAGAAAGGAGCGAAAGGAUCCGGCCUGGGCAGGAGCAUAAUCAAGGACAGGUUUGCAGGCAGACAGAAACCAGGAUCUUCUUUAUUGCACACUUCAGAACUAGCAGAUGGACAAGAGUGGAACCGGAUCAAUUUCAUGUCCAUUACUGAGCAAACUGAUGUGGACGAUUUCCUAGCUACAGCUGAAUUGGCAGGUACUGAAUUUCAGGCAGAAAAGCUCAACAUAAAGUUUGUGCCUCCAAGUUCAAAGUCAGGAAUGUUAACCGAGUCAGAAAAAAAGAAAAUCAGAGAAGCUCAAGACGCAAAUAAGAUGCAUCUCAGAAUCCCCCGAAGGCCACAUUGGAAUAUAACCACGACUCCAGAAGAAUUGGCUCAAGCAGAACGUGACAGCUUCCUAGAAUGGAGGAGGAGUUUGGUGCAACUUCAAGAGGUGGAGGGACUCACCCUUACUCCUUUUGAGAAGAAUCUGGAGUUUUGGAGACAACUAUGGAGAGUUAUUGAGAGGAGUGAUGUUGUAGUGCAGAUCGUUGAUGCUCGCAAUCCAUUACUCUUCCGCUGUGAGGAUCUGGAAGCUUAUGUUAAAGAAGCGUCAAAAGAAAAAGAUAAUCUUUUGUUGGUUAAUAAGGCUGACUUUUUGACCAAGGCACAGAGAGAAUCCUGGGCAAAAUACUUCAGAGAAAAUAAUAUUAAAGCCGCAUUCUUCUCAGCACUAAGCAGCCAAGAGCUAGAUGAAAUACAAGAGGAGGAGGAAGAUGACUGUGAAGACGAUGAAGAAGAAUCAGAUGAAGAUGAUGAAAAAGGAUUAGGUCAGAAUCAGGAGGAAUCAGACGCAAUGGAACAUAAAAAAAAUACAGAUGAGUCCAGCAUUGAGGAGUGUAGAAGGGAUCUUGAGGAUCUCUCAGUGAAACUGAAGGCAGAAGAGUGUCCAUCUUCAAAAUCUGUGGAAGAGGCAAUGGAACCAGUAGAAGAUAAAACUGCAUCCAGUUCUUGCACUGUAGACACUGACUUUGUUACAUCAGAUCAUUUGUUCAGCCGGACCGAGUUGAUCGAGAUGUUCAGAACAAUUCAUACAAAGAAGAGAGUAUCAGAAAAAGCAGUUACCAUUGGUCUUGUAGGGUAUCCCAACGUAGGAAAAAGUUCAACUAUAAAUUGUCUCAUGCUAGAAAAGAAAGUUUCAGUUUCGGCCACGCCAGGAAAAACCAAACACUUUCAGACUCUUUACCUGACAGACAACAUCAUCCUUUGUGACUGUCCAGGGCUAGUGUUCCCAGGAUUUGUAAGCACCAAACAGGAAAUGAUAAUCUCAGGAAUUCUACCUAUUGAUCAGAUGAGAGACGAAGUUCCCCCUGUUAAUCUCGUUGCAAGUCGAAUCCCACGGAGUGUAAUUGAAAAUAUCUAUAACAUCACUCUGCCUUCACCAAAAGAAGGGGAAGAUCCUGACCGUCCACCCACGUGUGAAGAACUUCUUAACACUUAUGGAUUUAUGCGUGGAUUCAUGACCAAGCACGGGCGCCCUGACAAUCCACGUACAGCCCGAGUUGUUCUUAAGGACUACAUGAAUGGCAAGCUUCUGUAUGCCCAUGCUCCACCUAAUGUUUCACAGGAGGAGUACCACAAGCACACGCUUACAAAGAUUCAUAAAUCAGGACCAAGUAAGCCAACCCCACAACAGAUAAAAAAUAUGCCCUACCAAGCAAGGUCAGAGGUGAUAGACCAGAAAUUCUUUGAAAAACAGGUUGCCUCUUUUCAUAUUAAAGAAACAGCCAGAAGAAGUGGUGCACAACCAGCAGUGAGGAUUGCAGUUAAUGAUGGCCCAAAAACCAAGAGGCAAAAGAAUUUCAAGAAGAAAGAAAAACUGCGCCGUCGAUAUGCACACCUGGAUGAAUAAGAAAAUGUUCCUGAUAUCUUUCUCAAUCCUUCUUUCUGUUUUUUGGUGAAUGUAGCAUGUAGGCCUGCUUGAGAGAGAGAGAGAGAGAGAGAGUGGGAGUGGUAGUGGGAGUGAGAGUAAGUUUGUUUUUCAUUUUUUGUUUGUGUUCAUGCUUGUGUUUGUCUGUAUCAUGCAGGUUCAUGCUAUGGGAUAUUCUUUGAAAUCUUUCUACAUACAUAUGUAUAUAUAUUUUUAUGUAGAUGAAACAGCAUCCCUGAGAAAUAUCUUGUGUUUCUUUGAUGUGUAGUUCAACCUCUCAUAAAAGCUGCAAAAAUAGCAGCAAAUAAUAAUGGUGAAAAGAUGAUAAGUAAAAACAGGCUCUUGUUAUGGUGGUUGUUAUUCAUUUCAAUAAUGUUCAAGGUAUAUUUGCCUCAUGCUUUACUUUAUGAAGUUGUGUCUUGUGGUCAUGUUGAUAAUUAAUCAGUAGCAAACAAGCUGGUUUCAAGAUUGUAAGAUAUUAUAAGGAUGUCAUGGUCACUCAAGCAGAUGUUCGAAAAUUAUAGCAUCUCUCUUCUUCAUAAUUUUCCCAUAGAUGUUGGAGGUGGCUAUGUAUGUACAAGACUGAAAAUAAACAUUGUCAAGACUCAA